CGCGUCGGGGCCUCGGGGUCUGCUCCGUGCUCUGCUCUUGUCACAGGCGUCCUCGCGUGCGGCCCGAAGGGCUGCGAGAGUGAGGGCGAGGCCGGGAGGGCUGGGAUCAGGAAUCACCUUCAGGCCAGUCUGGUGGGGCUUUGGCAGAAAUUAAGGAAGAAGACAUACCACUUGUUCUUUGGCAUGGAUAAAUGUUCAGUGAGAGGAUUAGACUUGGCUGAACAGACUCCUGUUUUAUUAAAGAGUAAAGCCAUGGCAGCUAGCCUCAUGGAUGUUGGAAAUUUAUUUGGUGGCCCAACUAGUUCUUUAGUUAAUAGAUCUAGAAACUCAUCAGUGGAAGAAGAUGAUGAUGAUGAUGAUGAUAAUGAUGAUGAUGAUGAUGAUGUUGUAUUUAUUGAAUCUAUACAACCUCCUUCAACUUCUGCUCCAACAGUAACUGAUCAAAGAAAUUUUAUAUUUGCUUCAUCAAGAAAUGAAAGUCUACAAGGAAAUUAUUCCAUAAUUCUUCCUUCCUCAAGAGAUUCAGCUUCUCAGAAGGGAAAUAUAAGUGAGACAAUUAUUAUUGAUGAUGAAGAGGACAUAGAAACAAAUGGAGAAGACAAGAAAAAUUCUUCCAGUUAUAUUGAAUGGGGACUUCCUGGAACUAAAAAUAGAACCAAAGAUUUGGAUUUCUCCACUUCCAGUCUUUCAAGAAGUAAGACCAAGACUGCAGUAGGACCUUUUAAUCCUGGUAGAAUGAAUGUGGCAGGAGGUGAAUUUCAGAAUGGAGGAUUUACAACUCAUCAUAGUCCUGAUUCUUGGAUCUCCCAGUCAGCAUCAUUUCCCCGUAAUCAGAAACAGCCAGGGGUGGAUUCUUUAUCACCAGUGGCCUCCCUUCCUAAGCAGAUUUUCCAGUCUUCAGUCCAACAGCAACUUACUAAACCAGCUAAAAUCACUUGUGCACACUGCAAAAAACCUUUACAGAAGGGACAGACAGCUUAUCAACGAAAAGGAUCAGCUCACCUCUUUUGUUCUACCACCUGCCUUUCUUCCUUCUCUCAUAAGCGCACUCCAAAGAAACGCAAUGUAAUAUGUAAAAAAGAUGCACCUACAAAAAAAGCUACUACUGUUCAAGUUGAGUCAAAAGAAUCCUCCCAAGAAUUUUGUCGUACAUCUUUGCCUCCCUGUGAAGACAACCAGAAUCUUAGAAAAAGAGUUAAUAAAUCAAGAUGUAUAAUCUGUAGUAAGCUAACAGAGAUUCGUCAUGAAGUCAGCGUUAAUAAUGUAGUACAUAAACUGUGCAGUAACCAGUGCUUUAAUAAGUACAGGUUAGCCAAUGGUCUAAUAAUGAAUUGCUGUGAACAGUGUGGAGAGUACUUGCCUAGUAAAAGUGCUGGAAACCAUGUCCUGAUGAUUGAAGGUCAGCAGACAAGAUUUUGCUGCCAAAGUUGUGUUAAUGAAUAUAAACAGAUGAUGGAAACGAAAUCAAAAAAUUUAUCAGCAUCAGAAAACAGAAAAAGGAAUGCUAUUAGAGAAGAAAAUGAAAGGAAAUUAUAUGGAUCAUUGAAUACUCUUUUAGAAAAAAAAGAGGGAAUACCAGAAAAAAAGGAAAAGACUUCAGAGCUACAGGUGUUGGCAGAAUGUAGGACAGAUGAUACAUCACUGAUCAAACAGGAUGUGAAUUUACCUUCUAUAACCAUAGCUGAUAAAUUUCAAGAGCAACUGGAAGAGAAAAAAUCAGAAGACUCCAUUAUAUCGGUUGUACUUUCUGCAGACCCAGGUACAUGGCCCCGUGUUUUAAAUAUUAAACAACGGGACAUUCUUGUUGAAAACGAUCCACCUCAAGUAAGAAAUUUUAACUUUCCAAAAGACAAUACAGGGAGGAAGUUUUCAGAAACUUAUUAUACACGAAUUCUUCCAAAUGGUGAUAAAACCACUAGAUCCUGGUUACUUUAUUCAACUUCAAAAGAUUCUGUGUUUUGUUUGUAUUGCAAACUCUUUGGGGAAGGAAAAAAUCAAUUGAAGAAUGAGAAUGGGUGCAAAGAUUGGCAGCAUUUAUCACAUAUUCUUAGCAAACACGAGGAAAGUGAAAUGCACAUUAACAAUAGUGUUAAGUAUUCAAAAUUAAAAUCUGAUUUGAAAAAAAAUAAAACUGUGGAAGCUGCAGUACAUGGAUUACAUAAGAAUGAGAAAAAUGAUGGUGUGCUCUUGUUGUACACAUAAUAUACCUGAUGUGGUUUUGACAUAACAAGGUCAUACAUUUAUUCAGAAAAGAUCUGUAACCCUAACAGUACCAUUUGUUGUUGUGAAGCUCCUAUAACUUUCAACAGUUCAUUAGCAAUAAUUAUAAUAGCAAAUAGUAAAGAAUGUUUCUGUUUCAAAUUCUAAAGCUAAUUGGAUUCAAUAGUAAUGCGGGUUUCAAUAAAGGCGAUUGUUACUUUUUCAUUCUAUCAAUUCACACCUUUUAAAAUUGGCAUUUGAGGGCUAACAUUUGACAGGUUUGGUUAAUUUUCUGUUCUGAUUACUUUGAAAAAAGGAGAGAAAGGCUUAGAUUUAUCAGUAGUAGUUUGAACAAGAUACUAUGAACAUUCUCAUUAUUAUUAAAGUAAAAACAUUUAGAAACAGUUUGAGAGUAGAAUGGAAUCCGAAACUGCAGCUUUUUGCUACUAAACCAAAUACCUGCGAUUUCUUUCUUUUGGGCAAAACAUUGUUUUAUUAUUUGGGCAAAAUGGCAUUAUUUGUUACUUCAUAUUAAGGUGAUUACUUUGCAUUUUAUUUACUUUAAUUUAUAAAUAUUUUAGAUUUUAUUCUUGUGUGAGAAGUAUAAGAAUAAAGAGUGUAUACCUAUUUUUAUGUUAGUACAAAUAUAAGAAAUAUUAAAAAUAUAUUAAGUUAACCUUUA